UGUUUUCUGCAAGUACUCGUAUAUCUUUUUUGUCUUUUAUUUUACUCAGGCAUUACUACAAUCCAUUUCCAAAAAUGGAAUAAAAGAUGCUUGUUCUUUGUCCUACUGCGUCUUCAACUCAUUCUCCAUGCGUUUCCUCUCCACUUAUCUUUCUCUAAAUACAUUCAGACAAUCGUCCAAGCUCUGGUAUUAGCUGCGAUCUGCAGAAUAAAUUAUUGGAGCGAAAGCCAUCGAAAUUGGCUGCGUUUUUCAAAUUCUUGUGUGCCCAAAGAGCUCAUCGUCCAAGCUCUGGUAUUAGCUACGAUCUGCGGACCAAGUCAGAGCGAAAGUCGUCGAAAUUGGCUGCGUUUAUCAAAUUCUUGUGUGCCCAAAGAGAUCAUCAUCCAAGCUCUGGUAUUAGCUGCGAUCUGCGGAGUAAAUCCGAGCAAAAGCCGUUUAAAUUGGUGCCGUUUAUCAAAUUCUAGUGUGCCCCAAAAGAUCAUUAUCCAAGCUCUGGUAUUAGCUGCGAUCUGCGGACUAAAUCCGAGCAAAAGCCGUUUAAAUUGGUGCCGUUGGUCAAAUUCUACCGUGCCCCAAAAGGUCUUGCUGAAAGAAGAACACUUGAUUAUUAUGGCUGAACUUGUAGUUGGGCCUUUCAUUUCGUUUGUGGUGGAACGGCUGGGUAACUUGCUCAUCCAAGAAGAGAGGUUCUUGCACGGGGACCAAGUUGAUCAAAUGCAAAGGGAACUUAGCCGUAUGCAGUGCUUCUUGAAAGCUGCAGAUGCAAGACGAGAAGAAGGGGACGAGCUUGUGAGAAAUUGCAUCUCUGAGAUCCGGGAAUUAUCAUUAGAUGCUGAAGAUGUUAUUGCAACUUUUGUCGUCAAAGUUGCACUCGUGAGGAGAGGUAGGAUUCAUCCUAUGCUCAAGAGGUACUUCUGUAUUAUUAAUGAGUCUAGAGCCCGUCAUACGGUUGGAUUGGAGAUCAAGUGUAUUAAUAGAAAGAUCAAUGACCUCACAAGAAGUUUACAAACAUAUGGUAUCCAACCUACAAUCGCCUUGGGAGAAAGCUCAACUUUUAGAACCGAGAGGGUGCAACAACUAAGGCGGUCUUAUCCCCAUGUCGUUGAGGAGGAUAUCAUCUGCUUAGAUGAAGAUGUAAAAGCAGUCAUGGAUCAUUUGGUUAACGAGAUGACAAACUGUAGGGUCAUUUCCAUUUGGGGAAUGGGUGGUCUUGGCAAGACCACCCUUGCCAAGAUGGUUUACAAUCACAUUGAUGUUAGACAUCAUUUUGAUUGUUUUGCCUGGGCUUACAUAUCUCAGCAAUGCAAAACAAGGGAAGUUUUGGAAGAGAUUCUUAUCCAACUUACAUCUCCAUCACUAGAAAGGAGAGAGAAAAUCAGGAGAAUGAUGCAUGGUGAGCUAGUUGGCGAGCUUUAUCAAGCUCAAAGUCGAAUGAAAUGUCUCGUGAUUCUGGAUGACAUAUGGGACGUUGAAACUUGGAAUAGUUUGAGUCCUGCCUUCCCCCACAAAAAGGCAGGUAGUAAAAUUUUGUUAACAACUCGCAUUAGAGAAGUGGCUUCAUUUGCUGAUGAACGAUGCCUUCAUGAAUUGAGGCAUUUAACAGAAUCAGAAAGUUGGGAGCUGUUUCAAAAAAAGGCAUGUUUGAAGAGUGAUGUCACAGAGUUCAGAUUAAGCGCAGAAAUGACGGUGUUAGGGGAAAAAAUGGUCAAGCACUGUGGGGGACUGCCGUUGGCCAUUGUGGUAUUAGGAGGUCUUCUCGCUACAAAACGCACACUAGGUGAGUGGGAAAUGUUGAGUAGAAACGUAGACUACUUAAUGAAGGGCAAAGGCCAAGGAGGAGUCCCUGUGAAAAUCGUUUUAGAAUUAAGCUACAAUGACUUGCCAUACCAUCUCAAGGCAUGCUUUUUGUGUUUGAGUGACCUUCCGGAAGAUGAAGAUAUACGCCCCAUAAAAUUGAUCCAAAGAUGGAUGGCUGAAGGCUUUGUGUCUUUACCCGUACGGCCACGAGUGGGAGAAGCAGAAGAUGUGACAAUGUUGGAUGUUGGGAUGAGUUACUUGGAUGAGCUACGUCAGCGAUGCAUGAUUCAAGUCGGUCAAUUAACAAGGUUGAGUGGAAGGGUUAAAUUUUAUCGACUCCACGAUCUCGUGCGAGACUUGUGCUUGUUGAAGGCCCGAGAGGAGAAUUUCAUCAGGGUUGUACUCAUGGGGGAAGACUCGGCCACUGCAUCUUCAUAUUCGUCGUCUUCCACUACAAUUCGCAGGCUUGGUGUGUAUUGCAUGGCUAAUCGAAAUGUUGGUGAUAGUAGAAGAAAAGGAUAUGUUAAACCUUUCCGAAUAGAUGAAACAUGUAACCUCCACCAGGUUAGGUCAUGCCAGUUUUACUUCUUUGGCGACGGAUUGGAAGAUUCUGAUUGGCGACAUGUAAAAUCAAUCUUCAAGGGCUUCAAAUUGCUUACAUUUUUGGAUCUCGAAAAUACUAAGUUCACCGGUAAAACCAAGAUAUUGCCGAAAGCAAUAGGGAACCUAAUCCACUUGAGAUAUCUAAGCACGCGAGAUUCUGAAAUUGAUGGCUUGCCUUCUUCUAUAGGCAACUUGAGAUUCCUUGAAACCUUAGAUUUACGGAACCGCUGGUAUGGUGCAAAAAAAAUACCCAAUGUGCUGUGGAGGUUGGAGGAAUUGAGACAUCUAUAUCUUCCUAUAAGUACAGACGGGCGUCACGGGCCUUUCAGAGUCAAGUUGCGAUUGGAUGGCUUAAGUAACCUCGAGACACUCGAAGGCUUUACGACAUAUACAUGUGAUGUUAGAAGCUUUUCCACGCUCACGAAUCUUCGAAAACUUAGAAUUUAUGUUGGCCUAAAAAACUUGGCUGUAAUUCUUGAAUCCCCCAGUCUUAGCAAUUCAAACCGUCUUCUAAGAUAUUCAUCUUUCUCGAUUCGUGGAGAUUUUCAAACACGAGAAGAACAAAGCCUUUUAAGGCAAGUUUUAGGGUUUCGCCAUCUUCAUAAAUUGGAGUUGUAUGGAUCCCUGACUGAAUUACCAGACACAUUCCCUCCAAACCUCACCCGCUUAAAGUUGCCUAGACUAAAGGAAGACGCAAUGCCAACAUUGGAGAAAUUGCCCAACUUAAGGAGCCUCACCUUGGUUUGUGGGGAAUUCAAGGAGAUGGUCUGUUCUGUUGGUGGUUUUCUUCAACUCAUAUACUUGGAACUCGACUUGGCACCUUUGAUUGAUUGUGAGUGGAGGGUGGAACGAGGAGCCAUGCCCAGCCUCUUGCAUUUAAAAAUAUUUAACGGACACGGCUGGAAGGGGAUUCCGAACGGAUUGAGGUUUAUCACUACCCUCCGGGAAUUGGAGCUAUGGGGCGGAUCUCAGAAACUCAAAGACAGGCUUCGAGAAGGGGGAGAGGACUUCUCCAAAAUCCAGCACGUGCAUUCCAUCAAAAUUGACGGAGAAGGAUUGCCCCAUGCUUAGUUGUUACUCUCUCUCUCUCUCGAUUCCUCAGGUUGCCCGUGCUUUUCUAAACUCCCUCACUUUCAAAUUUCUGAUACCAGGUUUUCCUUUAUUCCGAUGAUGACAGCCGCAGAGGCCAAAAAGUUUCAGGUAUUCUAUAUUAAAAAGGCAUCUUAACAAUUUGAAAUUGGAUCUACCUAUUCCAGGAUGGUUUCGUUGAGAUGGAAUCGCCAGGAGGACUGCCUGCUCCUACCUUUUGUACCUUAAACUUCGGCAGACUCUCUUUAUUACUCUUGAAUGGUUGAAUGAGUGUUUUUUCAUGCUUUCUUUGUGUUCUUGUAAUUGCAAUAAAGGAAAACAAAUGCCAUGUUUGUUUCAUGUAAUCUUAUUGUCAUGUGUGUUAUUUUGGGAAAUUGGAAUUAAAUUUGCACUCCUAGUUUUGAAU